UCAGCUUUCUACCUUGCAUUCAGUUAACCAAACACUAUGACUGCAACUGUUCAUUGAAUAAGAUCCUAAAUACUUGCAUUUAUUCUGGAAAACAACUCCAAAUAUACCAAUCAAUAAAUAAGUCCACAAAAAUUUGUCUCUACUAAUCGUAAUCAUCAUCGGCACUCUUAACACAAAUUAUAUCAUCUCCCUAUUUUUUUUUAAUAAUUUGAUGAAUAAUUAGAGUAAAUCACAAGAUUAAUUUGGAUUGUUGUAGAACACAAUGGAACAUUGUGAAGCUGAAAAAAUUCUUCAGCGGCUUAGAGGAGAAUACAGAAGGAAUACUGUAGAAAAGAAACUGGACAAGAGUGGAGAAGAUGAAGAAGGUGAAUCGGAUACUGCUCAGCUAAUUGUCCGUAGAAAUGUAACAGGACCCGACCCGAAUCCUGUUCCCCCGCUUCGCUUUCAUAAGGUAGAUAUGGACGGAAACUCCAAAGGCAAAGGUACUCAAAAUCAGGGCUCCACCAGAUCACGUUUGUACGAGAUUUGUGCAGUAAAUCAUUGGAAAGCACCUUUGUUUGAAUGUUGCAAAGAAGAAGGUCCAGAUCACCAUAAGUUGUUCACCUUCAAGGUAAUUGUGGAAAUGAGAGGACCCCGUACCGCAACUAUAGAGUGUAUGGGCAAUCCACAUUCAAAGAAAAAAGCAGCAGCAGAGAAUGCAGCUGAAGGGGCAUUGUGGUUUCUAAAUCAAGCUGGUUAUACAUUGAACAAGUAAUUGGGGUGGGAGUGGGGCGGGAAUCAUUUAUUAGAUAUAGGUUUGUAAGUAAAUUAAUUUUAUGCAGCAACUGCAAUAUGAUGCAGUAAAUAUAAUCUCAAUGCUAUGUGACAAAAAGUGUUUGAAGAUGGUAUGUUUCAAUUAGGCUGCCAGUUAUAUAUGAGCUUAAACUACUUUUUGGCU